AUGACCAGAAAGUUCGCUUCGGCUCAAGGUCUCGACAUGCCCUGGGCCUCCCAGAUUUCCGCCCAGCUGCCCGAUUCAUUCGAGCCGGUACCUGCAUCUCAGCCCGUCCGAGCCCAGGCACCGGUCGCCAAUGAGCCCGUCCGACCCGAAGACUACUCAAAGCCAUACUGCGAGUUCAUGACCUCCAACCCCACCAUCUUCCAUGCCGUCAAAUCCUUCUCCAAACAGCUCGAAGAGCAUGGCUACAAGUACCUUUCUGAACGAACAGUCUGGACAUCAGAGCUUAAGCGCGGCGGGAAAUUUUACACCUCACGCAAUGGUAGCUCAUUGAUUGCGUUCAACAUCGGCUCGAAAUACGAGAGCGGAAAUGGUGUCGCCAUUGUCGCUGGCCACGUCGAUGCAUUGACUGCCAAGCUCAAGCCUGUCUCCAAGCUUCCCAACAAAGCAGGCUUCGAGCAGCUUGCCGUGGCCCCGUACGCUGGUGGUCUUGGUGCUACUUGGUGGGAUCGUGAUCUUGGUAUCGGUGGCCGUGUGCUCGUCCGCGACCCUGAAACCGGAAAGGUUGAGACUAAGUUGGUGAAGCUUGACUGGCCCAUUGCUCGUGUGCCUACCCUCGCUCCUCAUUUCGGAGCUCCCGCCAACGGCCCAUUCAACCCCGAAACUCAAAUGGUUCCUGUUGUUGGCAUUGAUAACUCAGACCUGUUCGAGACUGCCAAGACUGAAUCGAGCAGCAUUAACUAUGGCAAAUUUGCCUCAACUCAGCCUGAGAAACUGGUCAAGAUUAUUUCCAAGGAGCUUGGUAUCACGGAUUACAGCACCAUUGUGAACUGGGAACUGGAGCUGUUUGAUACCCAGCCCGCUCAGCUGGGUGGACUGGAGAAGGAGAUGAUCUUCGCCGGUCGUAUUGACGACAAGCUUUGCUGUUAUGCUGCCCAGGAAGCCCUCAUUGCUUCCUCGGACAGCACAUCCACUGGAACCGUGAAGAUGGUCGGCAUGUUCGACGAUGAAGAGAUUGGCAGUUUGCUUCGACAAGGUGCUCGCUCAAACUUUAUGAGCAGCAUCAUUGAGCGAAUCACCGAGGCAUUCGCUAAGGAUAACUACGGGCCCAACCUCCUCUCCCAGACGGUAGCCAACAGCUUCUUGGUUUCGUCCGAUGUCAUCCACGCAGUAAACCCUAACUUCCUUAACGUCUAUCUGGAGAACCACUCGCCCCGCCUCAACGUCGGUGUUGCCGUGUCUGCCGAUUCAAACGGACACAUGACUACUGACAGUGUCAGCGCUGCCAUUAUGAGCCGUAUUGCAGAACGCACCGGGUCAACCCUGCAGGUCUUCCAGAUCCGCAAUGACUCCCGCAGCGGUGGCACUAUUGGGCCGAUGACCAGUGCUCAAAUCGGUAUGAGGGCCAUCGAUUGCGGCAUUCCGCAACUGAGCAUGCACAGUAUUCGUGCCACUACCGGUAGCCUUGAUCCCGGCCUGGGUGUCAAGCUGUUCAAGGGUUUCUUCGAUCACUAUGAGGCGGUCGACAAGGAGUUUGCCGAUUUUUAA